AUGGAGAAUGCAUCUGCUGGCCGAGAACCGCACUAUCACGAAGUCCAUAGGAUUACCAAUCCCCACAGUAUCAACGAAUCGUCCGGGAAGCCCGUCGAUUAUGCUAGCAACCCCAAACCCCGCGUAUCAAAUGCUCCUGGCUCAUCCCGACUCGUGGCAUCUAAUCGGGGCGACGCACGCUUUUUAUCCCCGUCUGGGCCACGGCACAUCGAGACAACAGGCUCUAUGCAGCUGGUGACUACGCAUACAUAUGAAUCUCUACCCGACAGAAAAAGCAAUUUGGAGGCCUUUUCCGAUAGAGGGAACAAGACUGAUGAAGAGAGUAUUGUGCUGUGGCCAUCGAUCAGCUUGACGCAUAACCCAAGACCAAGACCACCCUGUCAUGCAAGCACACGGAAGUUCAAUGAACGUCGGCUGCUCGAGGAUGCGGCGGCCGUAGGGAGGCAGACUCAGGGUCGUAGUUUCGUUUUCUCGUGCUGCAGCAAGCGCAAGUUGUUGUUUUUGUUGAUAGGUGGAGUCCGGUCGGCUGGUUGGGAUUGGAUUGGAUUGGAUUGGUUUGGUUUGGUUUGCAUAAAGAUAGAGAGACUUGGAUUCCCGUCAAAACCUUCAAGUGUAGCUUUGCCUGGUGACCAAGAGGUAGUACCGUGGCCGUAUCCUAAAAGCAUCAACGACAACGACAACGAUGACGGCAACAGUGACGAUGGCAAAUCCUCGCUUGACCUGGAAAGGGCAUCACCUGGGGAUAAGCGACAGUCACCUCUGCUUGAAUCUUUCCGGAUCAUGGCCGACUCAAAGGGUAAAGGUCCAGCGCCACCACCUCCUGUCCCUAUGGAGGACCUGGUGGAGACAUCUUUAAAGGGCUUGGCCGUCGAAGAGAAGACUUGGAGCCUGGAAGACGAUGGUCCGAUUGGAUAUGGUCCGAUUGAUCCAGCAGAAUCAGCACUUCUACUUCUGCCCUCAUACGACCGGAAGGGAAUCAGAGAUAUCGCCUACGGCAGGAGCAGCAAGCAUGGCAGAGCGAGGACGGAGACGACCGAUUCGAGAUCAGGUGGCGGUACGAGGCGGGGCACUUUAGUGAUAAUAGGAUCAGAAGUCUUCAGAAAGUAUAAAGACAGCGGAGCGUACAAGAAAAAUCGAGAGCUUGUCUCACGAGGAGACUUGACAAUGUCGGCGAAGGUGGAGCUGAACGAUGGUUCAUCUGCUUCUACGGCUGCAAAGGAUCUAUCCACGACGACUGUGGACUCUGAAAUGCAGAUUUAG